GCUUCUUCGCUCGUCAAAUUGGGUGAUCUUAUCGCAGCAAAUUACAUCGAAAACCAAUUUCCUUCCCCAAAAAAAAACUGAUAUCAGGUCUUCCACAACUCAACGCUGUGAGUAAGUUCUGCCUGGAGUAGGAAGUUGUUGUAUCUACUAGUCGAAAAGAAACCUCCGAGAAAGUCUCUACGAUGAGUUAUCCCACAUUCUACGGAAAAGUGAUUCCAUUGGUGAUUCUGUAUCACUGCAUUUUCAUCUUCGUCGAUGCAGUGGAUCCUCCGACAUGUGAUUCGUCAUACGGAUGUGUUUCUUCCAUCAGCCAGGAGGAUUGUGCCAAAGGAGAGAUAUUGAUCUCUGGCGGUUCGCUAAAUGGUUGCUGCCCUGGAUGUCGCGGUGGCCGGACGUACCUAGCCGUGUGCAAUAUGAACAUCCCGGAUCGUCGCUGUGCACCCGGCCUAAAAUGCGUCGGACGCAAGUGUAUCUUUGAUCGUUCUACCUGUCUGCAUACGAUGCAUUUAGAUGGUGACUUAGUCGGUUGGAUCCCAAAGUGCAAUCUGGAUGGUACGUACGCAGUUAAGCAAUGCCGGGGAGAUCGUUUAUCGGGCCGUUGCUUCUGUUACAGUGAGGUCGGAAAGCGAAUCUUUGGAUGGGAUUGGUACCGGAACACCGAACGUAUGACCUGCGCAUGUAGCAGACGGCGUGACAAGUUGGAGAAAGAGGGUCGUUUCGAUGUCACGCUACACUGCACACAGAAUGGGAACUACGAGGAACUUCAAUGCGAUUCCGGGCUCUGUUGGUGUGCGGAUGAGUUCACUGGAAGUGUCCAGCUCGGGACGACCGUGGUGCAUGACAGUUUGUGGCAGUUGCUGCCCUGUUAUAACAGUACCCUGCACGGGGAGUCGUACCUGCGCCAGUGCGAAAGUGCUGCCCAUGCGCAGAAAAUGAUCCUCAAGAAGUUCUACACGCGCGGUACCGUUGGUGUAACCUUCAAUGAGAUUCCGUGCGACUACGACGGUGCCUACGGUCGGUACAAGGUUGAAAAUGGAGUUGUCUACUGCACUUGGCGUGACGGAAAGAAGAUCGGUUCGUUUCAGAUACGCUCCAGUAUGCUCUCGUCGGUGAACUGUUAUUGUGCCCGAGAUACGAUCAUCUACCGGGAGGCGGGUAUACCAUUUACGCUGGCAUGCGGUGGCAACGGCAACUACGAGUACUCCCAGGAUCAGAACGGCCAACUCUUUUGCGUGGACAGCGAUGGGUUCGUGGUAACGACGGAGGUCGCACCGAAUGAGUCAUGCGAUAAGUUCAUCUACAACUCUGCUUUCUACGACGAGGACUGAUGGUUAUGGGGUGAUGACGUUUGUGUCUACGCAAUAUCUAUAACGCUUGAACGUUCGCAGGAAAAGCAGAAUGAAUAUACUGUGAGAUACGUGAUACAUCAUGCGGCCACCGCAAGAAAAUUGCUGACGCUCUUGGUUGUAACUGGUUUGCACAACUUCAGUCAUUCUCCGAUGAACAAUGAAGCCGAACCGAAAGAAUCAAACCCAUUGACAUUGGAAACCGAGUCUCCCCGGGUGCGUUACCACAAGCGUAUCCUUUACUGACCACACCGAACCAAACAAGUGACGCUCGAUAUGUUAUGAUUUUCGUAACCUAACACCCAGUACACCAUAUUUAACCAAUUCGUAAACAUGGUAUGUAGAGCAAUCCUAUCGCAGAAAAAAACCUUUAACUUCGCACAACGAACCCCCUGUCACCGUUGAAACAUUACGAACUAUAGGGCAAACGCUUGACCUUUCCAAAACACAAUUUACAGUUUUGCAGGAACCUGUUCCACUUUUUGUCGCAGGACAGGAAAGCGGUAUGCAAAAUGUAACCCAUUCAAGGAACUCGCAAGUGAUUUGCUUUGGUUUUGCAAUCGGAUGGAAAAUUAGCCUAGUAGAGGGCGUUCAAUCGUUGUAGUAAAAAAGGUUACGAGGCUCAGAUGUCUACCGGUAUGACUUACAUUUUAAAUCCGUUUAUCGAUAUUUUUGCUCCAACCAGAAGGUGUGAAGUAAAAGUGCAUUAGAAACGAUUCAGUAAGAAAACACCAAAGGAAAGACGGAUCAAAUUGCCUUUUAGACUAAGCUUUUCAUUUUCUAAUAUUUGGCAUAUGAAUUGUUUAAACUGUUAUGCUUCAGUCAUGUGCUGAAUAACAAUUACCUUUAGGCAACAUUUAAACACCUUCCUUUCUUCACUACAAAACACCUGGCACCGCUUUUGUGCUGAGUAAUCCUUCUUUAUUUUCUAAUGAAACAAACAAACAUGCCCCACAUGGUGUACGCGCUGAAACCACUUCACUCCAAGCAUGUGACAUAUUUAAUUUUAGCCAGUAACUCACGGCAAAGUCCGACAGACUACGACAUAAUUACAUUGUAUUACAACUUCUUGUCAUCUUGUCCGACACCGAUCGGACCUGGGCUGCCCGAGUUUUAUGGCAGGUGUUGUGGAGUGCUUCAGCAGAAUACCCGGUGGAUGACACAAUCCCCCAAUAAAAGUUGACUCGUACUUCACCACACCCAAACACUUACCUCGCAG